UUUUCUUCCCUUCUCUCCUCUCCCGCUUUGCUGCCCCUAUGUUGAUGGACGUCGAUAACAACGUAGGACUCAAGGAAAUGUAAUCAACAGUGUCCUGUUUUAAGGACAUGUUUGAAAGUUCCAGACAGUUAUCCGUUUCUUUGUAAAAUAUUAGGCUGUUUAAAGAAUAAACUUUCAAUUCUGCAUCUGUAUUAUAAUAUAUGGAAAUGAUGAACCAGAGUCAUACUUUUUUUUUAUUGCAGUACGAUGAAUAAAUCAGUCUCUUGUGUGGGCUGCUCUGCACGCUUUUGCUCGUAAUGCACAAAGCAGGGUUGUGCAAAUGUUUACGCACAUUGCAGAUUCCCAUGGUUAUGGAAAACCUGAAAAUUUCAGGAAGUUUUACAAUUGGAAAUGCCUAUAAGAUACAUGUUUCUAGUUACGUUCAACACUAAAGUAUUUCCUUGGCUUACAGUACCUCUUUAUGCAAGUGAAUUUCAAUGGUUGUGAAUGACUAAAAAAAUCAUGAAAUUCAUAGCUGCUCUGUCUGUAAGUUUAACCUGUUACUUGGGUUGAGUUUCUUGUUUAUUUCCUAAAAUCAACAGUUUGUUUUUAGUUUCUCUUUGGUUGAGUCUCAGGUCAAAAUUAGACCUAAAGUGUUCCUAAUUACCACAGAAAAUAUUUUAGUGCUUCAGUAUUUAAAAACAAGUGCAGUCCUUUAAUCAAUUACAAUUUAAUUGCAUUGCGCCAGGGUAAACAUUAAAAUGCAAUUUUUUUUUUUUUUUUAAGUAUAUUGACAAGACAUGAAAUGGUUUGUGUUGGUAAUAUGAUACUAGUGUCAUACACAAGUUUAAUUUUUUCAGUUUACAAUCUAUUUAUAGUUGUCUAUGAAGUGUAAAAGGCGGGCAGAUUCAAGGCCAAAGAGACCCUUCACAAACCGUUCCUGUCUGGUGUUUAUGGAGGGGGCUCAGCAUCUAAGACUAAUAUUGAUAUGUACUCUAUACUCAGUUCAUGUCUCCAUAACUUCAGUUUGGUGGCAGGAUGCAAAAAUGUCUUGCAGGGAAAAAAUUCUUGAAUUUACAAAGGAAAAGCGUACGAGACUGUAUUUACAAUAUAGCAACAGCAACUACAAGGAAAAAAAAUUAUUUUCAAAGUGAAGUAAACAGAUAUUUUAUAAGGUGAUGAUUUUGUAUGAAUUUGUAUCAUGUUAAUCAUGCGAAAACAUCCUUUAUAGAUAAAAAAGUGUGAAGGUCUACACCUUAAACAUUGUACGAAAACAUAAAAAUGUGUUUGUAUGAAUUAGUACAAAUUUGCCAAAAUGUAAAUGUCAUAAGAUUGUUUUUUUGUUUAGUUUUUUCGCUAGAAUGCUGCAUCAACAUCCAGGACUGGAACUAUCCACUUUUUAACAAUUGGUUAUAAUAAGUAUAGUAAUGCCCAGGGUGCUACACUUGCAUAUCCAUAAACUUUCAGCUUUUUUGGGCCAGUUUUCCACUAUUUUAUAAAUUGUCCCUCAUCAUGGAUAAAUAAUCAAACUGAAUCUCUUCAAUGAUGUUUCACAUAGUUUAAUUACUUCAAUUGUAAUAAAAUCGAAUUGUCGUUUGCAUGACCCACCUCUACGAUAUGAAAUCCAACAGAAAAGCAGCCCAGGCCGCUGAUGGACAUAAAGACACGGUGCUGCAGGAGUGGAAAGACUCACUUAACCGGGUGUGAAGUGGGUGGGCAGUUACCAGAAGAGUUGACAAAAGUCUGCACUGUCCAUACAAAGUCCUCCCAUCUAAACCCAGCUACCCCUGCCUCUCUCGCUCAGUCUCUCACUUGCUCUCCGUGUUCUUUCAUUGACGUAGAAGUCUAGAGCGGUGAGCAGAAGAGUCCGGACAGGAACCAUGGGCAUCUGCAGCAAUUACAGCGGUUUAUCUCAGCUCGUCUUCAUUGGCGCUCUGGCCAUCUGCAUGGCUUUUGUGCAGUCAGAAACAGUAGCUGAUUCCUCCCCUACACUGCAGAAUGAUAAUCAGGACACACUAUCUGGCGCUGGAAGCUUCGAUGUGACGACAAAAGUUGCUGUCCAAGACCCCACAGAAAACUCCUACACCUUUGAUUAUGAUGAUGGCACACACACAAUAACUAAGGAGGAUGAGGAGGAAGUUGUGCUGGGGCCAGGUGCCAUCACAGCUAUCGUCAUCGCCGUGUUCCUCGGAGCCUCUGUUCUUCUCGCUCUCAUCGUGAUCACGCUCAGAAAGUUCACUGCCUCUUAAGAAGGGACAUGUUUUCAUUUCCUCCCUUUCUCAAUCCUAUCUCUUCUUUUUACUCUCCUCUAAACUGUAUUUUUGAGUGUCUCAUUGGUGGCAGGUCCUUCGUGAAAUGGAUGUUUAUUACUGAGACCUGUUUUGUGAUUUCUUUCUCCUAUAAAACUCAAGACAGAGUACCAGGCUAAGACAGAACAAAAGGGUAACUGCAAUCAAGAGAAAUUUUGGUUGCAUUUGUUUGGUGACCAUAUAAUCAAUGUUGAUAUCCUCUUGUAAUAAGAGGAAUUAAAUUAUAAGGUUUAGAGUUAAAUAUUAAAAGAAGGUAGAAUUAUUAUAUUAAAGUCACAUUUUAAGACAUAAUUUAAUACUGUCCAUGUGCAACUAGUUUUGUUUCAUGCUGUAAUCUAAAGUAUACGAAGUUCCAAUUUUCUUGUCAUUCUAGCUGAUUUAUGUAAAAUGAUCAUGUCCUUUAGUGUUCAAGAUAAAUUGUGUGUGUGUGUGUGUGUGCGUGCAUGUUUGUAGCCUAUGUAUUAAGACAAAUCAAAGUCUUUGAGAGUGAGUGUUUCAAUUGAACUUUUAUACAUAAACUGAUGAAUUUGUUUGUCACCUUGUGAUUGGUUACUGAACCGAUAAAAAGACCAUGUUUA